AGAAGCCAACAGCUUCCAUCGAGUCGCGAAGUUGCCACCUCCUCUACCUCCUCCUCUACCUCCUCUACCCCCUCUACCUCCUCUACCUCCUCAAUUGCCUCGCGACAUCAACGACCCUCCCACAGCAACAGCGGCAGCGGAAUCAGCAACAACGAAGUCAACACCCGCCACUGAGGCCUACACCGCCAUGCAGCCUGCGGUCUCUGCCCAAGCCGCGUCGCAUUCUGCGGGGGAGAUUCAGGCGAGGGGCGGUGGCUGCGAGGAGGAGGAGGAGGAGGAUGAAGCGAUGCAGUUGCUGACCAUCGUAACCGGCGAUCUCAUCUCCGGCUACGUGGCUCACCUGACGCAGCAGACGGAGCAGCAGCAGCAGCCUGUGCAGCAGCAGCAGCCUCUGCUGCAGCAGGGGCUGCAGCAACAGCUGCAGCAGCAGCUUCAGCAGUUGCAGGAGCAGCUCCCGGCGGUGCAGCAACAUCUCCUGCUGUCGCAGCAGCAGCAGCAGCAGUGGAUGGAGAAGCUCUGGCAGCAGCAAUUCCAGCACAUGCAGCAGGUGCAGGAGCAGCUCCAGCAGGUGCAGCGGCAACAGGAGCUUGUGCAGCAGCUGCAGCAGCAGGAGCAGCUCCUGGAUGUGCAGCAGCAGCAGCAGCUGCUGCAGGAGCUGCAGAAGAAGUAUCAGCUCCAGGAGGUGCAGCUGAUGCGUCGGUUCAAGCAGCUGCACGAAAUGCAGCAGGAGCAUUUCCAGCAGUUGCAGCAGUUCAAGGAGUGGCAGGAGCUGCAGCGGCAGGCGCGGCAAAUACAGCGGCAGCUGCGGGAGGUGCGCUCGCUGCUCCAGACCUCCCGGCGGCUGGUGCGGAUGCGUGUGGAGCUUCUGCAGGAGGCGCUCGACACCCGAGGAGACGCGUUGCUGGCGGAGUUCGAAGCCUCCAUCCCAGACUUUGUGAGGCGCGCGGAGGAGCUGGCGAAGCAAGUGGACCCGCGCCGGCUGGUCAUGACCCUGGCCUGGCAGGUUCUCACCGCGGGGCCCAUGAGCUGGGGCUGCGUGCUGUCCAUGGUGGUGUUUUGCGCGCUGCUCGUCAAGAACCUGAGGGCCUCCGGUCGUCUGGGCGACUCGGAGGAGACUUGGCCCUUGACGGACGCGGUGGCCGCUGUGCUGUUGACCACACGCAAGACCUGGCUCAUGGAACAGGGAGGCUGGGAGGGCUUCCUGCGAGCGUUCGGGCCGGGGACGCCCACCUAGGAGAGGAGCCGUAGACGCCGAGCUCCGACGGGCAGCGACAGUGAAGACGAGAAGAGAGACAGAGAGAGACAGAGACUUUGGACUUGUACACAACUUUUAUUGCCUCCAGCAGCAACAGCACUGGAGGCGAUUCCGAUAUGAAAUACACAAAGUCACCAGCAAACAAACGAAUGAACGCUGUAAAUCCGCACGCUGUGGCGCUAAAUGCAGCGCAACACGAAAUAAAAGUCACGUGGUGGUGGUGGUUGUGGUGGUGGUGGUCAUCUCGCACGCCACGGUGACGAGAGAGCGCCUCAGAAGAGAGAACGGCCAUCACCAAGCCAUGUCAAUUUUUUUACUUUUCUCUUUACAAAAAUGAGGCUUCCAUUAACGUGUGGUCCGACCUCUGUCAGGCGUUG